AUGGAGCUGCACAUGAAGGAAGUCACCAGCAAGGCGUCUCCAGAGAUCCGGAGUCUGAACCUGUUCAAGGUUAAGAUGAGCGUGGUGGACUGUGCAGCAUUACACUAUGUGUUGCAGUUCUCCCCACAUAGGCUCGAGGAGCUCAACCUGGGAUACUCCAACAUCGGAAACAGAGCAAUCCUGGAAUCUGCAGUGUUGAAAUCAAACGAGUGUCAGGUGAAGAAGCUUUUUAUGUGUGGUAACAACUUGGGUCCAGAAGGGGUUCUGGAGCUGUGGAAGGCCCUGGAGCAGAACAUUACACUGGAGGAACUCUACUUGGACAUCACUGGCAUCACAGAGAGAGGAACAGAGAACAUUGUCAAUUGCCUCAGCAAGAACACCUCUCUGAAAACGCUGACUAUCGUGGGGAAUGACAUUGGGGAGGUGGGGAAGAGGAGGCUGAGGGAGCUAGGGCAUCGACGGCCGGGGCUCCAGAUCAUUGGGAACUUUGUGGACGACCUAGGACUGUUAAACGCCUACCUGGACUGGGUAGAGGAGAUACGGGAUGAUCGGGACCAAAUGGACUCAGUGAAGAACGCAGAUGCCCUACAGUCCAUCUUGAAGGGGCUGAGGGUGGGAGCAGGUGGGGAAAAUGGGGAGGGAGGGGAAGGAGAGAACACUGCCAAAGCCCUGGAGCUGGAGACCAAGAUCUUGGAGCUUUUGAACACUCCCACUCACCUGGCUGGAGUGAGAUGACUUCACUUAACCUUUUGCUCUGUGAGGAGCACAGGUUAUCCACAAAGUGAGAUGACUGAUCAAGUCUAAAUGGGCAAAAUAAAAUGCAACCACACCUUUGCAUCGUCACAAUACCAGAGAACAACCUCUGUCCAGUGAAGUCCACAAAGCAAGCAUAUUGCACGUAACAAACUGUUACAUGACCUACUGCAUGGUCAAGCAAGUGAAUGUUUCCAAAAUGUUCUGACCACUAAACAACUAUUGAUUCAGAACCACGGAGAGUUACCACGAGUCUCAAAGAAAACAAGACCUGCCUCCACUAUUCCAGCACCAUUUCAACUUCAACACUUCAAGCACAUCAAAUCACAUGUUCUUAGUUUAACACAGUGACAAUUAAAAGAUACCAAAAACUAUUUAGUCCAUUGAGCAAAAUAUUAUGUGGCUGUCCAUGGUUC